AUGAAUAAUAAAUUAUAUUUAUUAUAUACUUAAAAAUAUGCCCUCAUCGCAGUGAGUAUAAAGAUGUAAAUAGACAGUAUAUUUAAGUAAUCGUCUCUUAGCCUAUCAUAAAGAUGGAAAAAAAAAUGAUAUUUAAUCUUUUGAAGAGAUAAUUGAAAGUGAAUAUCAUUGCAGUUGGGGUUAGUGUGCAAAUUUGA